AUGCGCCAUGGGCAUAUCGUGCUUAAGAUCCUGACCGCCGCCGGACCCCCGGAACAAUCUAGUCGGAUCCUCGCUUCCACAAAUAAUCUGAUCGAUCACCCUAUUGAGGGAGUCACCAGGGGUAUAUCCCAGCUGUCCACUAUGGCGCUAGCGAUCGUCCGGGGUUAUCUUGACUGCGCUGUGAUCGGUUUCAAGGACACUCUCCCUCAAGCUCACGGAAGUGCUAGUAUGGGCAGACAUCCUCGCAAGCAAUCGGUGACCCAAGACAUAAAUGCCUGGCAGAAGAUACCGCUUGGGCAUAUUCUCUGUCCGCGCUGCCGAACAUCAUUCUCCAGCCCUCCACACAAAAUUUGGGAGAGACACAAAAUUGUGUGCCAGUCAUGGGACCCAAAGUCCGGCGAGUAUAUUUGUGUUUGCGGCAGAGGAUUCCGGAAUACACGAGGUAUCGGCGCGCACAAGAAACAUUGCACUCGGGGCCUGGGUAGCCGGGGCCUCGGUAGCGGUGGAUCCUUCUCUGUACCAGCGACUCAGCCUGGAUAUGGCGACGGUAACGAAAUUCAACCGCCUGCGAGCGCACCUCCCGAUGGUAGUAUCGUCGUGACCAUCGGCCGGGACCGGGCUGGGUUAAAAGACGGCCUCUGCCCUACCGCAGCUAUCGACUUCACAAUGGAGCCGAUUUUCCAACCCAGUCCAGAAAGCGGAGAAGGCACAGAUUUGGGGCUAAUCCCUUCCCAAGCCAACUUCCAGGACACUCGUCUUCCUGGCGGUGGCAUCCGGCCUCUGGCUCUCAUAGAGCAACAUCCGAGUGCGCAAACACCAGAUUCCCCAGCUAAACUCUUGGACGCUGUUCUAAGAUCUUUGGAUGAUAUACGCGACUGUCUUCGAGCACCGGAGUUGACGAGUAAAGAAUGGGAACGGGUUAAGCAGGAUCCCCGCGUCACAGAUAUCAUUCUGGCAGUAAAGAAAUCGAAGUACCAAAUUUUGCUCCGUGCUUUCUUCGCCGGACGCAGCUUUGCGCUAGCAAAGGAGGCCUGGGACGUAAGAAAUUGCCAUAGAGGCAGAAUCACAAAAUUCUUAAAACUCGAAGGAUUUACCAACGAACAAUGCAUUUAUCACGCAGUUCAACGGGCACUAAAAGCUUAUACCUACGAAACACUCUACCCCUGCUGUCGUGGGUCAAGUGCGAUAUAUUCCUUCCUGCGCAGCACGUUCUGGAGUGUUCGGUACGAGGACUUCUCAGCACUUCACGGCCUCCUUCACCAAGAGGAGAAGUACAAAUCCAUUCACUUGCUUGUGAGAGCGAUAUCAGGAUUGCUCGACGAUCUACAGGCAACAUACAACGACAAUAUCUCUGCCAUUAUGCUGCAGUACGGCCUUCACCGCCCCCUUUGCGAUGCUCGGCUCCCCCUCAGACAGGUGAUCGACCACUCUGAGCAUCUGCGCUGUGCUGCUAACCAGAAUACCAUAGUUCAAGCCGCCGCGGAAAGAGAAGCAGGGGAUUCUGAGCGCAUGGCAUCACCUUGCCUUGCCUGCGGCGACGUAUUCACAACAAGGAAUCUGGAUACAUAUACGGGGGACGAACACAGCAAGCAUAUCAGGUUUACUGCCGCAGCUUCUCGUCCAAUUUCGCGAAACGAGGGCGCAUAUCCGGCCGACAUGCCACCGCCUUUACGAGCCGAUGAGAUCAAGUUUAACUUUGUCGAAACCACGCCGCCACGUCCCCAGCCAGAAACGCCUUCUAACAAUUAUUUUUGGACGGUGGUGAUGGAUAAUAAUACGAGCGGGGAAUAG